AUGUCCGCAACCGGGGCGGGCGGCACGGCGUGUACACCCAAGUCGUCGGACUGGGGCUACUACUACUCUACUACUACCCCCCACCCCAUCCUGGCCGGAUCUCUGCCGGUGCAUUGGGUCUCGUUGAUCGGCCGCCAGCCCCAGCUUGCAUCCCGGUCGGUCUCAUGUUUAGUCGUGCUGCUGCUGGUGCUGCUGGCCGGCGCCAUGGCUCAUCAAGCAGUGCGCAACGAGCGGGGACUGCUCUCUGAGGGCCGAGGUCCUGCGUCUCUUCGUCGUCGGUCAAUGGUGGCAUUGGUUGUGGAGGGGACCGGGUGUGUGUGUAUGGUAAACGGCGUUUUCUUUCUGUCUCCGGCCUAG